GCGCCGCGCUCGCCUCCUCCCUUCCGCUUCCGGUGUCCCCCACAGCCAUGGCCGCUGCCGCUGCUGCUGCCGCCGCGGGCGCCGGGGAACCCCUGUCCCCGGACGAGCUGCUGCCGAAGGGCGACGCGGAGAAGACCGAGGAGGAGCUGGAGGAGGACGACGACGACGAGCUGGAUGAGACCCUGUCAUCCUUCUAGGGCCUAACACAGGGCUCUCCGGGGCCAUGCCAGGGGCUCUACCCUCACUGCCUGGAAAGAUCUAGAUCGUCACUGCUGUCUGAGCUGUCUGGAUGGGAGGCGUUUGCAAUUCCAGUGUUUGAACUGCUGGGUUUUUAUUUUUUCAACUCUGGCACAUUGCUCUAAGCCUGGUGGAGAGAAUCCCCCUCGGGGUCUCCUGAGACUCCCACCGUGCAGCGUGCUCAGCUGUGCUCUGUCCUCACUGACAGCGCCGCCCACCCCGCCCCUCACUAAGCCGCUCCCAGCUGGAGGCUGCCCUGGCCACCGCGGGCUGGACGGACCCCGGGCACUGGUGACUCUUGCUGUUGGUAGAGAACGGAGAUGCCAGGGAGGGCCGUGUCCGCAGCGUGCGGCUGACGACGCGUUCCAGCUGCGAAGCGGCCGCCGUGAACCCCGUGUGGGGAGAAGAGGGGCCUGCGGACAGAGCGGAGCUCAGCUCCUCCGCGCGUCCUGCCGUUAGAUUUGUGUGUGUCAGGCAGUGCUCACUUUUUGUAUUUAAAUAUUAAAAAUGAUUCCAGCCCAGA